AUGCCGACUUUGAACGAUGACAUACUUCUCCUCAUCUUCGAGGCUGUCGGCACGUCGAAAGACAGAAGAAGAGACCAGAGCUGCGUGAAGACAUUGUUAGCCUGCUGCUUGGUCAGCGAAGCAUGGCAGCGACUCGUCCAGCCAAUCCUGAACCAAGUGCUCAUCAUCGACAGCGAGGACCAUCUGCAACGACGACUGUUGAAUCGAUCACCCGAAGACUUGAAGGGUGUACGGGAGAUUGUUCUCCAACAGUCCCACCCUGAUGCGCACUUCCAUCUCGACCUGGGGCAGGUCCUGCGCGCACUGCCGCUCCAGAAUCUGCGCUCGUUCAUCUGCUUUGAUAGAGCUACUUUCGGUGGGUAUCAUUCGCAUGAUCCCCUGGACAGAUCUUUGAUUGGCCAGGUCCGUUAUUCUCCGCCUCCUCUAGAUCACGAUCUUUCAAGUGUUCGCGAGGCUUUACUCUGCAACAUCAACGGUGGCUCGAGCUGGACGCCCUUUCUGCUGAGGACCACUAAGCUCCGUGAUCUCACUUUCCACGGCGCAGGCUGGACAGGACACAGCGAAUACGCGAAUAGUCCCUUGUACCUCCCAUCAGAGCCCGCUCCCUUCUCCCUAAAGAGACUCGAAAUCUUUCGCUCUUGCAUCCAAAAAGAACCGUUGCGGUGGCUGCUUUCCAGCUCUGCCGAUAGCCUGAAACAUCUCAGUGUUCGGUACAUGCAGAGAGAAUGGGACACCUUCGCAGAUAUCUCUAAGCUUCGCGCGGAUGGUCUGCUACCGGAAGUCCACCAUCUGACUUUCGCCGUCAGUGACUCUCGCGGAGUCAAGAACUUCGAUGACAUCGUACGAAAACCUUUGGCCGCAUGGCAGGGGCUGCAUACCAUGUACAUCUACGGCGAAGACAACAAGUGUCGAGCAGCAAUUUUCCACGGGCUCUCCCAGCUGCAGCCUUGUCCUGUCAUCGAGAUGGGCGUCGGCGACAUGAGAAUGAUCGAUCUGAAAAGCCUCUUCCGGCUGCGCAAGGGUAAGCUGCAGCCUGGCACCCAUCUCCGGCUCAUCAGCAAGCGGGUGCGAACGGAGGGCCGUAUGGGAGGGUAUGAGACGUGGGGGACCCAGGACGGGCAGAGCCAUGAGUACUGGUCAGAGAUGGAGGAGGAGGCUAAAGAGCUCGCAAAGAAGCACGGCGUCAAGCUUGAAGUGGCCGAGGUGUCUUACUAUGCUUAA